AUGAGCAAUCGUAAGAGUACAGCAGCAAGUUUACUAUUACGACAAUAUAGAGAAUUAACUAAUCCAAAGAAGGCUAUACCAUCAUUUCAUAUAAAUUUAGAAGAUGAUUCCAAUAUUUUCGUUUGGAAUAUUGGUGUUAUGGUACUAAACGAAGACUCUAUUUAUCAUGGUGGUUAUUUCAAGGCUCAAAUGAGGUUUCCUGACGAUUUCCCAUUCUCUCCACCACAGUUUAGGUUCACCCCUGCUAUUUACCAUCCAAACGUGUAUAGGGACGGUAGAUUAUGUAUUUCAAUCCUACAUCAGAGUGGUGACCCAAUGACUGAUGAGUUGGAUGCUGAAACUUGGUCUCCUGUACAAACUGUCGAAAGUGUUUUGAUCUCUAUUGUUUCGUUAUUGGAAGAUCCAAAUAUAUCAUCCCCUGCAAAUGUAGAUGCAGCUGUAGAUUAUAGGAAGAAUCCAGAGCAAUACAAGCAAAGAGUUAAAAUGGAGGUGGAGAGAUCAAAGCAAGAUAUUCCUCAAGGUUUUAUCAUGCCAACUUCGGAUUCUGCAUACGUUUCAGCCCAGCAUAACUCAAAAUACAAUAAAGGAGAAGAAUCAAAUGAUGUGUACAGUAAUAAUAAUAACAAUAAUGGUGGUGGGAAUGUUGCCGAUGGUAAUAGCCAGCACCAUAAUUCCGUCAAUAGUAGUCAUAAUAAUGAUAUAGCAGAUAAUUUCUGGUAUGAUAGUGAUCUGGAUGAAGAUGAAGAUGAUAUAAAUAAUAACUACGGUUCUAAUAUUAAUGAUAGUAAUUCUAUGAUUUAUGACGACGAUGAUGUUUAUAAUUAUCAAGGUGAAUAUGAAGAGGAUUUUGAAGAAGAUGACGAAAGCAUAGAUAAUGAUAGUGUUAUGGAUAGAAAACAACCAAAAAAACCUGAUGCAGAUAUUGAAGAAGAAGAAGAAGAACUACAAGAAAAUAUGGGUGAAAAGUUAUAA